AUGGCCCACCGUGGUGACCUCGACCGCAGCGACAACGACGACAAGUCGGAGGCGGUGGGGUGGGAUCGGUGGGAAGCGCGGUACCGGCCCAUCUACCAGCAGCUCGAGCGACAGUUCAGGGAGUUGGUCGAAUCAGAGAUCGGCGCGGCCGUCGCCCAACAGCUACGAUGCGAAGAGGCGUGUCGACAACAACAGCGACAACGGCCCGCGGUGGUUGAGUACCUCCGAGAGAGCGUUGCAGCGCAACAGGCGGCCGCGGGGUCAACUGGUAUAUGCGACUCCGAUGCGGCGCUCGAAUCAGCGGAGGACUCGCCGCUGUCACUUCAGCUCACGCGCGAGUGCAACGGUAUUAUUCUGGAGAUCGGCCGCGUCGUUGCUGCUGCCCAUGAUGAUGAUAAUGAGUGGCUGAUCUCAACACCGCGCAGCGUUGACGCCGAGCUGGAGUGGUCGGGAGUGACCACAACUCGGCCAUCGCUGGCGCAGCAGUUCUGGCGCGCGUGGCAGCGGCACGGCUGCCAGCUGCCCGACGACCUGAGCGAACGGCGCACCUUCGCCUUCAAGCUGUGGCGACGAACCAACGAUUCUUCUUCUUCUGAUCCCGGCGGCGAACACGGCGAACUCAUGUUCGUAGGCGUGAGCGACGCUGACGAUGACUCUGCGGUCGAGCUGGCGGAGCGGCACGGGUGGCCGUACAUGGCCACGCUUCGGCCGGACUUGACGCCCGACGUCGCCACGAGCGACAGCGGCGCGGCAGAGAGUCUGCUGAGGCGACUGCGGCGCGAGCUGAUGGCAUUGGACCCGUGGCGAGAACCGCGCAAGGGGCUGGUCGUGAGCUCGAGCCACGAAGAAGCCGAUAUACGGGUCAAGUUCGUGUCGCCCCAGCACGCCGUGCUGAAGCGACUCCGUCGAUACGGCCACGAGAUGCCAGAGGACAGCGUUGAGCUCGACGCGAUGAUGCUCGACAUGGUGCGGACCAACGACUGCCACGAGGACCUGCUGGACGCCUUCCCUCACCUGCGCGCUCGCUAUCUGGAAGUGGCCGACGACUACCAUCAGGGCGCUACGUCGGUGCGUGCGUACUUCCCGGGAGAGCUGUGGUACGACUACUUCACCCACGCGCCGGCCACCAACGGCAAGGCCACCUGGCUCACCCUCCGCGCGCCCCUCGACACCAUCCCCGUGCACGUGCGCGGCGGCGGAAUCAUCCCGUGGCAGGCGCCCGAGCUGACCACGACGGCCACGAGGAAGAACCCCUACAGCCUCAUCGUCGCGCUCUCCCUCGCCGACACCGCCUCCGGCCUGCUCUACAUCGACGACGGCGACAGCAUCGAUCCGGUCGAGCGCGGUGCGUUCACCCUGAUGUCCUACCGUGCGGUGCAGACCCCGACCUAUGGCCAACUCGAGUCUAUUGCGCUCGCCGACAACUACGUCGACGCUCAGAACCUCAAGCUCGACUCUGUGAGUGUGAUGGGCGUGAAGCUGAAGCCCAACAAGGCGGCGAUCAAUGGCAAGCACGCCAACUUCAACUGGAACCCGGCCACCCUCAGCCUGGUGUUCACCAGCCUCAAUAUGCCCGUCAACGCCAACUUCACCCUGGUUUGGAGCUACUCGUGA